AUGGAUUUGUAUCUGAUUGGAUAUUUGAUGUGUGUGUGGUUGUCCAGCUCACGGGUGCUUGGAGGCUAUCCCAUCUGGUGGUCCCUGGCCCUUGGGCAGCAGUACUCGUCUCUGGGCUCCCAACCCAUCCUGUGUGGCUCUAUCCCCGGCCUGGUGCCCAAGCAGCUGCGUUUCUGUCGCAACUACAUAGAGAUCAUGCCCAGCGUUGCCGAAGGUGUCAAGCUGGGGAUCCAGGAAUGCCAGCACCAGUUUAGGGGCCGCCGGUGGAACUGUACCACCAUCAAGGACAACCUGGCCAUCUUCGGCCCUGUGCUAGAUAAAGCAACCAGAGAGUCAGCGUUUGUCCACGCUAUAGCUUCAGCAGGUGUGGCGUUUGCAGUGACGCGCUCCUGUGCUGAGGGCACAUCCACCAUGUGCGGCUGUGAUUCCCACCACAAGGGACCUCCCGGGGAGGGCUGGAAAUGGGGCGGCUGCAGUGAGGAUGCAGAGUUUGGGGUGCUGGUAUCAAGGGAGUUCGCAGACGCCAGAGAGAACCGGCCAGACGCUCGCUCUGCGAUGAACCGACACAACAACGAGGCAGGACGCACGACCAUCCUCGACCACAUGCACCUGCGCUGUAAAUGCCACGGCCUGUCAGGGAGCUGCGAGGUGAAGACAUGUUGGUGGGCUCAGCCGGACUUCCGCAUGCUGGGCGACUACCUGAAGGACAAGUACGACAGCGCCUCGGAGAUGGUGGUGGAGAAGCACCGCGAGUCACGAGGCUGGGUGGAGACACUGCGAGUCAAGUACAACUUCUUUAAGCACCCCACUGAGCGUGACCUGGUCUACUACGAGGGCUCACCCAACUUCUGCGAGCCCAACCCGGAGACCGGCUCCUUUGGGACACGUGACCGGGCCUGCAACGUGUCCUCGCAUGGCAUCGAGGGCUGCGACCUGCUGUGCUGCGGCCGCGGACACAACACCCGGACUGAGAAACGCAAAGAGAAGUGCCACUGCAUCUUCCACUGGUGCUGCUACGUCAGCUGGCUGCCGAGGAGUGUGAUGCGUGUCUAUUGA